AUGAAACUGUUCGUAGUGUUGGCAUUGUGUGUGGCUGCGGCCUUGGCCGGUCCUGAGGAGGACGUUUGGAUGAAGUACAACCACCGCAUGCCGGGGCAGUUUAAAGGUCUUCCGAACCAGGAACCUUACCGAGGACGCAUUGUUGGCGGCGUUGAUGCCGACAUUGCGAACUAUCCGUACCAGCUUUCGCUGCGCCGUGCAUCGCACAGCUGCGGUGCAUCUGUGAUCGCUGCACGCUGGGCGCUGUCGGCCGCUCACUGUACCUUCCCGGUACCAGGACCCGGUCAGAUCUCUCUGCAAGGAGGCAGCUCAGACCGUACUUCGGGUGGUAUUGUUUUUGUCGUUGACCAAGUCAUCAAUCACCCUCAUUACAAUGACUUCACCCUUGUGAAUGACGUGUGCGUGAUCAGUACUACCACUGAUCUGGUGGGACCCAACAUCGCUCCGAUCGCUUUGGACCCGUCCGGUGCUACCCACGCCCCCGGUAGCCGUGCUGUUCUGAGUGGAUGGGGAGCCGACCACACUGGUAGUCUCCCCGUUAUCCUGCAACGCGUUGACAUCCCGGUGGUGAGUCAGCAAGCGUGCGAGACUGGUUGGGGUGCUGGUAUGGUUACCCCAGACAUGAUCUGUGCCAGCGAGCCUGGACGUGAUGCCUGUGGUGGUGACAGUGGCGGCCCAUUGGUUGUUGCUGGACAGCAGAUCGGUAUUGUGUCCUGGGGUGCGGUUAAUUGCCAAGGAACCCCGCCAGGAGUGUUUGCCCGUGUUGGCUUCCCGAGCACCCGAAGCUUCAUCUUCGACAACACCGGCGUGUAA